GUAAAUACUGUCUCAAAUCAAUUAAUCAUUUAAAGGACACUUAUCGAUCCCUUUAGUUCUACCGAAAGGAAAUCCGUUCCCCGAGUAUGGAAAAGUCCGAUUUCAUACAAUCCAUACAAAGAUGAAUUCAGACCCUGUACGCUCAUCGUCGCCAGCAUUCGGAACUCCUGCCCACCCGGUUAGGACGAAUAGGAUCAAUCCAGCCCCAGCAAGGACAUCUAUACUUCCUAUUCUACUUCCUCCCUCAACACUCCGACCUGUCGCAUUUCGCACCUUCACCCGGAAGCACAACCUCACCAUCUCAUCCUCUGCACUCCAGGCUCUAGCAACCUUUGUGGGCAAAAAUUGUGGCUCAGGAUGGCGCGAGGAAGGUCUUGCAGAGCGUGUAUUGGAUGAGGUAGCCAAGAGCUGGAGAAAGGCGGGAGGUGGUGUUAUAGUGGAAGAGGGCAAGGGAGCAUCGUUGAAAGCUAUCUUACAGACUCUAGAAGGGAACAUGAGCGGCGGCAGGGUCAUUGAUGCGAAACUCGCUGCAAAGGAAGGUCUCGCGAAAGCAGCAGGCGCAAAUGGAAACAACAGGGUUCCCAGCUUACAGCCGUCACAUUCAACCGGACUAUCGGAGGACCAGGCGCCAGAUGAUUCCGAUGAUAAUGUUCUCCACCCAAGACGUUGGAUCAAAGUGAUUGAAGCCUUCGAUAUCCCGAGGUUGACCUACAACGCCGACAAAAAGCACUUUGAGGUUACGAAAUUCAAACCCUCUCUUUUCCCGCCGCCGUCCCAUAAGACCGCCUUAUUCAGAGACCGCUAUAACAUUGUUUACCAGCGCUUGCUUCGAAAUGAGUCAUUUCAAGUCUCGCUAGCAUCUUCUGGCGGACGCGGAUUACAGCGGGCAUCGUCCUCCUUCGAUAGGAAUCAGUGCUAUAAGCUCACCCCUGUUGCAAAUUUGCUCGGGAGAAGUGGUACAUCGCAUUUACUGCUUGGUCUAUUGUCUGUGUCUCCCACCGGCGAGCUAUCCCUCACCGAUAUUACGGGCAGUAUCGUUCUGGAAUUGAGCCAUGCGCGUAUGAUCCCAGCGGACGGUGCUUGGCUCUCUCCCGGCAUGUUUGUGCUUGUUGACGGAAUUUACGAGGAGGAAGAGAAUGUCAGAGGGUCAACAUUAGGUGGAAAUAGUGGAAUUGGAGGGGCAAUAGGGGGUAGAUUUGUUGGGAUUUCAAUUUGUGGCCCUCCCUGCGAGCGGCGCGAGACAUCACUUGGUACUAGUAACCAGGAGAACGGCAGAGACAUCAGCUCUAGUGGAGGGUUUGGGUGGGUUGAUUUCCUAGGAGUUGGGAGCGAACGUGCUCAAGGUCCACGAAUGAGACAAAUCCAGACCAGGUGCUUGCGAGACGUUCAUGAUGGCAUAGAAGUUCAUCGUCGGCUCAAGAUGGUAAUUAUGGGCGAGGUGAACCUUGACAACAUGAAGACGUUGGAUGCACUAAGGAAGGUUCUCGCUCUUUACAAUGAUCUACCCUUGCAGGAACGCCCUGUGGCUUUCGUUCUGAUGGGGAACUUUGUGCAGAAAGCCAUCAUUAAUGGCGGUGGUCAAGGAGGGAGCAUCGAGUACAAGGAAUGUUUUGAUAUGCUCGCUUUAAUAUUGUCCGAAUUUCCGUCAUUGCUGCAACGCUCUACCUUUAUCUUUGUGCCGGGUGACAACGACCCAUGGUCAUCAGCCUUCACGGCAGGCGCCACCUCGACGAUACCGCGUCAUGAAGUCCCUGAAUUGUUUACAUCAAGGGUAAAACGUGCUUUUGCUUCUGCAAACUCUCAAUUAGACCGGAACCAAACAUCCGAACCCGGAGGAGAAGCUAUUUGGACGAGUAACCCUUCACGCAUCACUCUAUUUGGGCCAGUUCACGACAUCGCUGUACUUCGCGACGAUAUUUCAGGGCGUCUAAGGCGGAGCGCAGUGAGCGUGGCUCGGAAUGACCCAACAACUGUAGAUGGUCUAAACAGUACAGCUGAUCUUGAAGACCAAGCCGAUGCCCAAGGACACCCGGGAGCUGAUAGGUCAAACCCGGCUUCUCCUGCUACACACUCAGCUCGAAAGCUUGUUAAAACAGUACUCGAUCAAGGAACCAUGUCGCCAUUCCCUCAGUCUCUACGACCUGUGUUAUGGGAUUACGCAUCUUCUCUGCAGUUAUAUCCCCUACCGACAGCGUUUAUUCUAGCGGAUUCUGAAGCUGUUUCGUUUUGCGUGACCUACGAGGGCUGCCAUGUGAUGAACCCUGGAAGGUUUGUACCAGAAGGUGACUUGUCCUGCAUGAAAUGGAUCGAAUAUGAUAUAUUGAAAAAUAGAGGUCGGGUGAAGGAGGAGCGUUUCUGAGUUUUCAACUGGAUACCCAACGGACUAGGAUAUUAUGAGCGUAACGCAUUGAGGGACGACAGCUCGAAAGCACAGCCAACAUUCGAGUAGUCCUUCGUUUGGAAACACUUGGGAAGGCUCUAUUGAUCAAGAUUUAGAAGAGCAGACACGAAGAUAGAGAUGAGCCGCAAACUCUCAAAUUUUUUCUUUCUUUUUAAUUCUAAAUUCCGUGGGAAUUAUGACAUGAAAUAAGUUCAUAACGUUUACUUGAAUUAUAUCUUCCCCCCCUUUUCCCACCUUUAAAAGCCAG